AUGCCCAACCCAACCACUCUGAUCAACUCAGCCACUGGCCGCUGCUUCUCUUACUCCGAAUUCACCAAUCAAACCAAAAUCCUGGCCGCAUCUCUGCAAAACCUAACGGGUCUCUCCAAAGGCGACACUGCAUUCAUUCUCUCUCCAAAUUCAACCGAGAUUUCCCGCCAAAUCAAGCUCUCAAAAGCAGUGAUCGUCUUUGUCGUGUCAUCAACGUGUCACAAGCUUCCAACCAUGCGAUACCGGACAAUACUUAUUGACUCGCCUGAGUUUGAGUCGGUGUUAUCGAGUUCAAGUCGUGAACUCUGCCCCGCGUCGAAGGAUAUUUUUAGCUCGGCGACCGGAGAGGGAGUCACCGACGUUGUUGCUGUAUACGGUGCCUUAUUUUCAUGUAUUUGGGUUUUUGACAGUGUGAAGUCUGUGGCUCUAAGUGAGACUGUGGUGUUGAUGGAGAGGGUGACGGAUGUGGCAGUGGCAGUGGCACUACCGGUGUUGGUGACUAUGGCGAAGGGAGAUGUGACGGAUGGCUAUGAUUUGAGGUUACUAGUGUUCACCACUGAAGGCUCGUCACCAUUAUUUGUUUACUCGGCCGCGUUCUGGAAUCUGGAGUUAAUUAGAUUUGUUUUCCAAGUUGGUGACAAAACCAGGGAGGAUGUCGACUACUCUGAGGAAGAGAUUGAUAGGGGAUUUCAAGAGUUUGCAGUAGGAUCCUCGUAUGUGCAAGACACAAGAGAGGUAUUAUGCUUUGGAACGUUUAGGACUCAAUUGGAUCCUCUUGGUGUUUUUGUUUUCCUAGAUGUUGACAGGACUAAACUGUUGCUAAGAUAG